AUGGCACAGCCCGCCGGUCAGCAGAGCUUCUACGAGCUGUACAGAGGCUCCUCCAUCGGCCUCGCCCUUGCAGAUACUCUCGACGAUCUCAUCAGUUCUAGACGGAUUGAACCGCAGCUCGCUAUGAAGAUCAUGCAGCACUUCGACCAGCACAUCGCAGGUGUUCUCGGCGAGAAGGUGAAGGCGCGGAUGUCGUUCAAGGGUCAUCUCGACGUCUACCGAUUCUGCGACGAAGUCUGGACAUUCGUGAUCAAGGACGUCAAGUUCAAAAUGGACAAUGCGCUGCAACUUGAAGCUGAGAGAGUCAAGAUCGUAGCUUGUCAAAGUAAGGAUAAGGCGGCCUAG